CUUCUAUAGAAUGCAGUACUGCAUGGAUGGCGGCCGUCCGAACCUCUCACCAUGUGCACCUCACACGUCUAUGUUACGCUCCUAGGAUAUCUUCUUGUGUACAGUCUGCAAGUUUUACAGCGUUGCGCCGGAACAGAAAUAACCGAAGGCUCAUCCCCAGAACCAGCCGUAGUCCACGUCAAGUACCCUGUUGUAUCGAUACGGACACCCGAGAGGCUCUUCUACAUCCAAGUGAAGGAGGACGUCCACACCACUUUGGUGGACUUUCCUGGAGCACCACCGGGAUGCAACUACAGGGGCGAGCUUCUGGACCACAAGUCUUCAGGGGGAGGAGGAGGAGGCACUGCAGCUGUGACGGCGUGUCACGAGACGGCAGCAGGGCCACAAGUUCACGCUAUGAUCAUCACGAAAGACUCCGUCUACAUGUUAGAGCCUGCGGCAAGUUCCGUCCAGGGAAACAUGGACCACGUCCUGGUCAAAGGAAAUUUGGCAGCAGCGGAGAGGUUCUGCGGCUUCAAUGCGUCGCUCAGUAGGAGAAGAAAACGGGAGACAAAGAUGAACAUUGAAGUCGGCGUGUUUGUCGAUAAAGCCAUGGCAAAAUCAUUGGAGACACGAGAAGCUCUCACCAACAAAGUCCUGGCAAUGAUGAACCAAGUGCAACUCAUCUACAACUACAAGACACUGAAUCCCAACUUUGACAUUAUCAUCGUCAGGUAUCAAGUGCUCGAGAAGGAUGCGCCGUCGACCGCCGGCGGUGACAUCGAUUCGUACCUGGACAACUUCUGCCACUGGCAAUGUGCGAAGAACGCGGACAAGAAAUGGGAUCACGCCAUAUUACUCACAGGGCUGGAUCUCUACAAAGAGACCGGAUCUUCGAGAAAUACGAAGGUACUGGGCCUGGCUUGGGUGAACGGUAUGUGCAGAUGCAUGUACUCUUGUACCAUCAACGAGGGCAAGAGCUUCGAGGCUGCUUUCGUCAUUGCGCACGAGAUGGGUCAUUCUCUCGGAAUGCAACACGAUGGGACGGGGAACGACUGCGACAGAGACAAGUACAUCAUGUCGGACAGAACCGGUGCUGGAAAGACAAACUGGUCACCGUGCAGCAAUAAGUACUUACAGAGGUUCCUACAACGCCCUUCAUCGGUUUGCCUGAGCAACGCGGGCAAACCCGAGUCCCCGGAAGUGGACCUGAAAAGACAGAAGCUGCUUCCAGGCGAAGCGUUUCCGGCUGAAGAUCAAUGCCGAAUGGCGCUCGGAGAAAGACAUAAACCAUAUAGGGGUUCUAAGAGUCCCUUCAACGAUGUAUGUAGGGAGUUAUGGUGUCUGGAUGGAUCGUGGGCUACACCAGCGCAUCCGGCCCUGGACGGCACCACAUGUGCAACGGGAAAGUACUGCCGAGAGGGCGCCUGCGUCACGAAACCACAGAGUGGAAGUGGAACGCGAAAUGAACCCCAAGCAUCCACAAGGACGACCACGACGACGCGUCGAACGACGACGACGCGUCGAACGACAACGACGUGGACGACGACUCGAAGACCAACUGGACGAACCCCCUACGGAAUCAACUUCAGAGGGUUCUUUGAUGACUUGUUGGACCGUUUCGGCGACUUACUCAACUUCAGAGGUUGAGAAAACUAGUCACGUUGAAGAACAAAGCGGAGGUCGGAGUGCGACGUGCUGCGGCACGUGUGUGAACUACAAACGGAGCCGCCGCCGCCGCCGCUCUCUUCAAGUGGGAUCGACAGCUCCCGCACCUCACUAUGACGUGCAACAAAAUAUUGAUGGCCUGCAAUGGUUAGCUGAUUUUCCUCCUGUAUGACGUCCUAGGAUGACGUCAUCAAAUAUCACUGCAGGCAGUUUUGAUUGCCAAGAAAAGAAUUGGCUAGAGCACCCCGAUAUAUUUACUUGCAUCACCCUUUUUCUUUGUCAAGUGCAAUGAUUAGGAUGCAUUGGCAGCCAUGUUUUAAGUUUAUGCUGAGUCACUGGGUGAAUGGACAAGACGUACAGUUUUGAGAGCACUUGCCUGGAACUUUUGAACCUGCAAGACUAUUUUGGCAAAGACCUUCAAAUUACUUUUUUUUUUAAUGACAGAACGGAGCAUAAAAAUCGUGCUUUGCUACAUUUUCGAAUCUAGUUAUAGAUAAUAGUACAUUAUAACACUGCUCUCCAAUUAUAGUUUAUAGUACAGGUAGUACAUUAAGCGGAGUAUUGAUCUUCUGUCUCCAAGUUGUUAGGCUCUGGCAGAGGUUCGGACCAUGUAUCAGGAAGCUCAUCUGAGACAUAUAAAUGGAGAAAACAUUGAA